AUGGAUGAUUCGACUCACUACGACUGGACUCUUACGUAUGUGAUUGUGUUGGCAGUGGCCACAGCCACAACGGGUACGACGUUGCUGCUCUCUUUCAAGCACAUUAAGGUCGGCGACUCGGCUGUGCAGUACAUCACGUACUCAGUGAGUCGCCUGUACUUCAUCUACUCGUUUGCGCGGCUGCUGCUUUACGUGGGUGUAUUCAGUAAUUUUGACGGAUUGCGGGACACUCUGGACGCACUGGAUGAUGGAGAAUUAAUGGGAGCGCGUGCAAUUUAUUCAGACGGCAAGGAGUUCAAAGCUCUAGCUGUUGCGGUCACCAUGAUCGGAGACUGUGCCCUACUGUGUACGGCAUUUUUCAUCACAACGUUGGCCUACGAAAUGAAGCGCCUGAUUAUCAAGUCCAUGGACCGCGGACCCAAACGCGAGCGUGCCAUCAUUAGCCAGUACCGGCUCCGUGCGUCGGUUAUGACGGUAAUUUUCGCUAUAUUGAUGGCGGUAUCUGCCCUCCUGCCAUCGGCCAAAUCGAAGGUGUUGCAAACUGCUGCCUUUUGGUUUGAACUGGUCUUCAUCUGGGUUUCUGUACUGUACCCUUUGUACGCUACAAUAUGGAUCUCACGCCAAAAACGCGCUCGAAGUGCGGUGGACUCAGCGUCACUAUUGCUCCACCAACGCAUCAAGACGUUCGUUAUCGUUUACUGUGUACUGGCGUUCCCUUCCUGUGUAGUGGAGGUACUGCUUCGCCUUAUCGAUGACCUCGCGAUGGAAUGGGUCGGUCUGACUCGGAUUCUCUUCUACCUGUCCGGGGCAGGCACAGCAUUUGCCAUCGGUAUCAGUGUUACGUGCUGCUAUCGUGCUUUGCGUCCUCUGAUGCCUUCCUCGGUGUACGAACAGCUUCUGGAAGGUGGCUAUUUUCAGGAUGAUCUGGAGAUGGACGUGAUCGUGGAAGCUCCUACCCGUCGACCGGUCUUCGUGGUCACCGACAUUGAAGGCUCCAGUCGACUUUGGGCCGACAACCCGCAGGCCAUGGCCGAUGCGCAAUCAAUUCAUGACGACUUGUUACGUCAACAACUGCCUCGAUUUCGAGGCUACGAGAUCACAACGGCGGGUGAUUCCUUUCAGCUAGCGUUCCAUUGUGUCCGGGACGCCAUCGGCUGGUGUGUCAGCGUACAAGAGAAGCUGCUGAAGGCGCCGUGGCCGUCAGCGUUGCUCAAAUACGACAACGCAGCGCGAGUGUACGAUAUCUGGACGCGACUUCUUUUCAACGGACUUCGAGUGCGCAUGGCAAUCCACGACGGCGACGAACGGUUGGUGUGCUCGAGGCAUCCGACCACAGGCAAGAUGACCUAUCUGGGACUCAGCGAGAUGAUGGCGCGCGAGAUGAGCGAGAUGGGGCAAGGCGGACAGAUCGUCAUGAGCGAAUCGGCUCUUGCAGUCUACAAGGACGAGCUGCUGCAGACGUCGCCAAGUGGUGGAACGGCCGAAGAGAAGCUCAAAGUGCAGCCGUUCCCGACAAAGUUCGAGCAGCCGGAAUGGGGAAUUUCGCUCCAAAUGCACGAGGUGGUGUCCACUCGAAUAGGAGACCGCUUCCACUCUCGAUAUAGCGAGAGACUGCGGUUCCUGCCGCACUUCUGGAGUGACGAUGCGUCCACACGCACCCGUCGCGACAAAACAGACAGGACAUGUCCACCCAGGUCGUGUUGA